GAGUGGCCUAUUCAGUCAGCUGGAGAAGUUGCAGCCCAGGCCAGGGAGAGUGUAAACAAGCUUCAAAGAAAGGCAUUCUCUGCUGCACUGACCAGAGCUCAAGCUAAGAUGAGUCGGCAAAAAGAAGACCCACUGGCCACUCCGGAAAAGGAAAGUCCCUGUGAAGAAUCGAAACCUAUUAUGCCAAGAAGAAAACCCACUAGCUGGGUGAAACAUCUUGUGGUUGUAAAAAGGUUCAGUAGCCUGACAAAACUGAUCAGAGUUGUUGCCUGGACACGACGAGCUGCCGAGCAGUGGCUGAAGAGGAGGUCGAACCCAGGACAACCAAAGUGGGAGGCAACACCCAAGCAGGCUGGAUUGGCUGGCACUGAACUAGAAGGUGCACGUGAAGACGUCUUCCUCGCAGCUCAAGAAGGGAGGAUCCAGAUAUUUAACGAAGAUGAGACAGCCGUGCCAGUCUUGCCAUUUGAAGCAUGGGUGUCAACAUUGCUGGCACAAGAAUCCCAUGACGCUAACCACGAGGGGGUAGCAGGAACCCUUCUACGGAUGAGGAAGACAGCGUGGAUAAUAAAGGGCCGGAGAAUUGCCAAGAAAGUAGUUGACAGCUGCAUAGUUUGCAGAAAGAACAGAGCAAAGAAGUGUCAACAAAUCAUGGCAGACUUACCUCCAGAGCGAACCACCCCAGCUGCUCCUUUUGAAUUCACAACCAUGGACCUAUUCGGCCCUUAUGAAGUGAAGGAUGAAGUCAAGAAAAGAACCAGACUGAAAGUGUGGGGAAUCGUCUUCAGUUGCAUGGCCUCCCGUGCCAUACACACUGAACUAGUGAGUGACCAGUCAUCCCAAGGCUUCCUCCUCGCCUAUCAGAGGUUCACGUCACUCAGAGGACAUCCCAGGAAGCUCUGGUCAGACCCCGGCACAAAUUUUGUGGGCGCCAAACCUGCUCUGGAACAGCUGUACACAUUCCUUGACCGACUGGACAAGUCUCAAGUCGAAGACAUGGCUGCCAACCAUGGAACAGAAUGGUCCUGGAAGAUCCACCCUGCGGAUUCUCCCCACAGAAAUGGUGCUGCAGAAGCGGCUGUCAGAGUGGUCAAACGGGCCCUGACCAAUGUCGGCGGAGAUGGUGUCUUCACCUGGGGUGAAUUUCAAACCUUCCUCUACAUGGCUGCCAACCUUGCAAAUGAGCGACCAAUCGAUGCAAGAACUCAAAGCAGGGAAGACUGUGUGGAAUACAUCACCCCGAACUCUCUGCUCCUAGGGCGUGCCAACCCUAAGGGAGAUCCUGGAGACUUCCAGUUUGAUCGCUAUCCUUAUAAAAGACUGCAAGUAAUUCAAGCUGAAGUCACCAAAUUCUGGAAGAAAUGGAGCCAACUAGCUGGACCCAACCUCUUCAUAAGAAACAAAUGGCACACCAAAGAGCGAAAUGUUUCUGUCGGAGAUGUGGUCUGGUUGGCUGACCAAAAUGCCCUGAGAGGACAGUACAAGCUGGCCAGAGUAGUCAGAGCCAAUACGGACAGCAAAGGCAUCGUAAGAGACGUGCUUGUGAGGACCUUUCCCAGCUAUCCUGUCCCCAUCAAGAAGACAAGCGACAAAGAAAAACCGACCACGAAAACCAAGAGGCUCAGACAUCAAAUCCCAGCAACAAUCCUGCAUAGGGAUGUCAGACGCCUCAUCAUUCUAAUUCCCAUUGAAGAACAAAGGAAAGAAGGACCUGUGUGACCCCAUUGGGUUUUGAAAACCAUGAGGGCCAAGUGGGAGGUGUGGAGUUGAAACUCAGUGUGAAUGAAGUGUCCCUGCCCUGGAAGUAAGGAGCUGUCUCCUCCUUAAUCUUACUCCUUGGUGAAGUACCAGAAAGAACUACAUUUCCCAGAACACCAAGGUCAAGAUGGCCACCAAUUGGCUGAUUCAAGGCAGCUGUUAAGGAAUGGUGGUGCUGUCUCAUUUCAUGCAAGCAAGCAGAGCGGCAAGACGCAAAAAUCUACAAGACCC